CGAUGCCGCCAGACUGACACAAAUAUAAGUGAUCUCACAUCCCCACCCUUAUCCAUGCCUCCAGUUAUACGUAACAACUCCCUCGACACCACGCGUCUACAAAAUUCUCAUCGUCUUCGAAAACAACACAAUCAGAAAAAUGCCACACCCCCACCAAGCCCCCGAGUUCUCUUUCUACGUCACCAGUCCCGACAGAUCUAACCCCAGCUCUUCCAACUCUUCCACCUCCUCCAACUCUCGUUCCAAAUCUGCCAAUCUUAAAUCUGGUUGCAGUACAAGUUCCAACCCACACUCCAGCUCCUCAAUGGCAGCCUCUUGGCGUUCCAACGCUUCCGAGCUCCGGGACAUCACUCGCGACUUCACUGCCGCGCGGGCGACUUCGACGGACGCCAAGACCAAGAGUUACACGGAGAAAGAAGCGAUUAGGUUUGAGGCGAUGGCGAGAAAUGCCGAGCUUAUGGCUAGUAUGGCCACGACGGCUUCGGCUGCUAAGGAGAGGAGUGGAGCUAAGAAGGCAUGAUGGACGGAGAGCUUCGGGAAAUAAACGACAGAACGAGGAACGAGUACAAGAGCUAAAUUCAAUUCGAGAUCGCAAACAAUGUUCAUCAAGAGAGAAACUUCAGGGACGUGAGAGAAACUAAGGGACUUAUCUUGUCUCCUUUCCGGUAGGUAUUAGAAAUGUCGUAAACUCGUGACGAUACUCAGGUAUCUAAUUUCACUCUCUGCCAUCAAAGAGUAUUAACCCAAUCACCAUAAACAAACCAAGCCUUUUUCCUUUGCUUGGACAUCAA